UCCCGUAAAAGAAGAAGAAAUGAAGCCUGGACUUUGGCUUGUGGUGAAAGAAACGUACUUAUACUGGGUUUAGGAAGAUAGUAGUCGGCAAUUCUAUAUCUAGUUGGUUUCGCUGCUGGGUUGGCUAGGGUUCCAUUUGAGAAAAGAGGCGAAUUGAAUUGGAUUGGUUUGUCCGUUUAGUUAUCUUUAUUAUUGGGAUUUGGGAGAAAGAGGCGAAAAAGAAGAAGAAGAAGAGGGCGAGAAUGGCGACCAUGGUGAGUUCGGCCGGAGCACUUCUGGCUAUGCUGAGUGAGAAUCAUCCCUCUUUGAAGCUUCACGCUCUCUCCAAUCUCAAUGCUUUUGCUCAGUUCUUAUGGCCGGAGAUCUCCACCAGCAUUCCUCUUAUAGAAAGUUUGUAUGAGGAUGAAGAAUUCUCUCAGAGAGCGUUGGCAGCCUUAGUUGUGUCUAAGGUAUUUUAUUUUCUGGGUGAACUGAAUGAUUCUUUGGCAUAUGCACUGGGGGCUGGGCCAUUGUUUGACGUGUCAGAGGAUUCUGAUUAUGUGAGGACCCUUCUCGAUAAAGCCAUUGAUGAGUAUGCUAGUCUUAGGAACAAAGCAGCUGAGUCAAAGGAAGAAGCUGCCAACAUUGACCACAGGCUUGAGGCAAUUGUGGAGAGAAUGUUGGAGAAGUGCAUUUUGGAUGGGAGGUAUCAGCAAGCUAUGGGGAUGGCAAUUGAGUGCCGAAGAUUAGAUAAACUUGAGGAAGCAGUUAUGAGGAGUGAUAAUGCUCCCGGAAGUCUGUCAUACUGUAUUAAGGUCUCCCAUUCCUAUGUUAAUCGUAGAGAAUAUCGGCAAGAGGUGCUUCGUUUGCUUGUCAGAGUGUAUCAGAAGCUGCCAUCCCCAGAUUUUCUGAGCAUUUGUCAGUGCCUUAUGUUUCUGGAUCAACCUGAAGGUGUUGCAAGCAUUCUGGAAAAGCUUCUUCGCGGAGAGGAGAAGGAUGAUGCUUUGCUUUCAUUUCAAAUAGCUUUUGAUCUCGUAGAAAAUGAGCAUCAGGCUUUUCUGCUAAAUGUGAGGGAUCGUCUAUCAAAGCCCAAGUCUCAGCUUCCAGAGCAGCCUAUAUCCAGGGAACCAGAGUCCACUUCGACUGAAAACACAACUGCUUCUGAAGAUGUGCAAAUGACUGAUGGGACUCAUGGCUCUGGUGCAGCUGUGGGAGAAAUGGAUCCUAUUGAAGCUAGAUAUGCUGAAAGACUGACCAAAAUGAGAGGAAUACUGUCUGGAGAGACUUCCAUCCAGCUUACUUUGCAGUUUCUGUAUAGCCACAACAAGUCGGACCUCCUCAUUCUGAAGACCAUAAAGCAAUCUGUUGAGAUGAGGAAUAGUGUUUGUCACAGUGCAACGAUUUAUGCCAAUGCAAUUAUGCAUGCUGGUACUACAGUGGAUACAUUUCUCAGGGAGAAUCUGGACUGGCUAAGCAGGGCCACUAACUGGGCCAAGUUUAGUGCAACAGCAGGAUUGGGUGUUAUUCAUAGAGGGCAUUUGCAGCAGGGCCGGUCACUUAUGGCGCCUUACUUGCCGCAGGGUGGGGCUGGAGGUGGUGGCAGUCCCUACUCUGAAGGUGGAGCUCUGUAUGCUCUUGGUUUGAUUCAUGCUAACCACGGCGAGGGUAUCAAACAAUUUCUUCGUGAUAGCCUGCGAAGUACUAAUGUGGAGGUCAUACAACAUGGUGCUUGUUUAGGGCUUGGAUUAGCUGCACUUGGGACUGCAGAUGAAGACAUAUUUGAGGACAUAAAAAAUGUUCUUUAUAAUACAGACAGUGCUGUUGCCGGUGAAGCUGCUGGCAUCAGCAUGGGUUUACUCAUGGUUGGUACAGCAAGUGAGAAGGCUGCUGAGAUGCUUGCUUAUGCACACGAAACCCAGCAUGAGAAAAUCAUUAGGGGAUUAGCCUUAGGUAUAGCUCUUACAGUUUAUGGAAGAGAGGAGGAAGCAGACACACUUAUUGAGCAAAUGACUCGGGACCAAGAUCCUAUACUGCGUUAUGGUGGUAUGUAUGCAUUAGCUUUGGCUUACAGAGGAACAUCAAAUAACAAGGCCAUCCGGCAGCUGCUUCACUUUGCAGUAUCAGAUGUGAGUGAUGAUGUUAGGCGAACAGCAGUCUUGGCCCUUGGGUUUGUGUUGUAUUCUGAGCCGGAACAGACACCCCGUAUUGUGUCCCUGCUAUCUGAGUCCUACAACCCACAUGUUCGAUAUGGUGCAGCCUUAGCAGUUGGCAUUUCCUGUGCUGGCACUGGUCUGAGUGAAGCCAUAUCUUUGCUAGAGCCCUUGACAUCUGAUGUAGUUGAUUUUGUUCGGCAAGGUGCCUUGAUUGCCAUGGCCAUGGUUAUGGUUCAGACUACUGAAGCUAUGGACUCACGGGUGGGAACAUUCAGGCGACAAUUGGAGAAGAUAAUCCUUGACAAGCAUGAAGAUACCAUGAGCAAGAUGGGGGCUAUUUUAGCGUCUGGAAUACUUGAUGCUGGUGGAAGGAAUGUGACAAUUAGGCUGCUUUCGAAGUCAAAGCAUGAUAAAGUCACAGCUGUUGUUGGUCUGGCUGUUUUUAGCCAGUUUUGGUAUUGGUAUCCUCUUAUAUAUUUCGUGAGCUUGGCUUUUUCGCCUACAGCUUUUGUUGGGCUGAACUAUGACUUGAAAGUUCCGAAGUUUGAGUUCUUGUCACAUGCAAAACCUUCCUUGUUUGAGUACCCAAAGCCUACAACUGCGCCCACCACUACAUCAGCUGUAAAACUUCCUACUGCUGUGUUAUCGACAUCAGCAAAGGCCAAAGCUAGGGCGAAGAAGGAGACGGAGCAGAAAGAAAAAUCUGCCGGGUCUGAGGCCUCUGGCUCCGCUUCUGCCACUGGGAAAGGAAAAUCUUCUAUUGAGAAGGAGGGAGACUCAAUGCUGGUUGACAACCUACCAGAAAAAAAGGUUGAGCCAGAACCUUCGUUUGAAACCUUAACUAAUCCUGCUAGGGUAGUUCCUGCUCAAGAAAAAAUCAUCAAGUUUUUGGAGGGAAGCAGAUAUAUGCCAGUGAAGAUGGCCCCUUCUGGUUUUGUUCUUCUGAAAGAUUUACGUCCUGAGGAACCAGAGGUAUUGUCUCUUACCGAUGCACCUGCUUCUGCAGCUGCUAAUUCUGCUGUUGGGUCCACAGCACCAGUGCAACAGGGAACUGUGGCCGCCAUGACAGUUGAUGAGGAGCCCCAACCCCCUCAACCUUUUGAGUACACUUCAUGAUUGUGCUCUGUUUGAUUAUGGUAAUUGUGGUUCAAUUGGUGUUGUACCUUAGUCAUGGCUCUGGUGGUAAUGUACUCCGACUUUGGUACAGAGGUUUACGAAUUGAGCUGUCUUUUAUGAGCAUGUUGUGAAGUAGUAUUGGCAGUGUUAGUGCUGUCUACAUUGCUAGUUCGCUUACGAUAAUGUCAAAAGAUAACAGACUGAGAAAAUAGUCUAUGCAAUACUUCCUAGUUCAUUCUCUCAA